AUGGACGAUGUGCGGCCCUGGAUAAUCAAGAAAAUUGUAGAAGGACCACUGAAGCGUUUAGAGACUGAGUCGAUCUUGGAUAACCGGACCGCAAGCGUCUUACCACUUGAGCCAUUUUGCACACAAAAGCUCCAACUCGAUCGAUUCCAAUCUCCUCAUCGAUGGGGAUCCCAGGGGCCGGUUUGGGCUGAGGCAUCAUCCAAAAGUUCGAGUCCGAUCAGCAGACUGAUAAACGCUCAUUCGGCCAACUCGGCUUUCCCACCUUCUUGUUCGGCGGUUGUCGCUGGAUUUGGCACGCCCCUGCUAAUACCAAUCGCAACGGCGACAGAAUCUUCAAAAACCAAAAAGACGAGGAAAAUCUUUGAUCGGAGGACGUGCUCGGACAUGGUCUACGGUUGUCAGAUCUCGAGCGACUGCGGGAACGUCUUGGGGAGGGUGAUGUGGUGA